UUAUCACAAUGCGAGAACCUUCUUCAUGAAACCAAAUAAAAAACAAACUCAAAAGCCAAAGGUUCCACUACUUUUUAUCACUUACCGUCUUAAAAAAAACGAAGAAAACCCCCAUAUCUUGACAUUCCGAAACACGCGUGGUCGGCCAAAAAGUUAUGAUGCAUGGUCAUGUCAAACUUAUAAAAUAACUAGUUAAUAUCGAUCUAAUUUAUGAAUGUUCAUCAAUUAACAGUCUUAAGAUUCAUUAACAAAAUUUCAUUUGGGAAUUCAGACUUCUAAAACCUUCAUUUCUCCUACGUGGCAAAUUUAGAAUUUUUUUUUUAUUCCCAUUCCUAAAACAACAGAAAGGACAACAAACCCCGUCUCUGUCUAUCCAGCUGUUUUUUCGGUUUUAAAUGCUGGGCCAGAAAUAGGAAUAUUAUAUGGGCCGAGAUAAACAUUUCGGUCCUUCCUUCCUUCCCGUCGUCGUCAACCUAACAACAAAGUAACCGAACCAGAACAGAAACAAACCCUCGCAACAAAGGCCACGGGAAAGAAAGAAAAAUCCUUCCCCGCGCCAUGGCCGCCCUGCGAAAUCCUCCUCCCAGUUUCCCCUUCGUCGCCCUGCUAAUCCCCCUGCUGCUGCUCUCGAUUUCCACCGCCGCGGCGUCGCCCACAAUCUACGAUUACCUCCACCGCAACGGCCUCCCGAUCGGCCUCUUCCCGGAGGGGAUAACCAACUUCUCCCUCGACUCGACCACGGGGCGGUUCCAGAUAAACCUCACCCAGCCCUGCAACGUCAAGCUGGAGAACCAGCUCCACUACGAUUUCAACGUCUCCGGCCUUUUAUCUCCGGGCAAGAUCCAGGAGCUCUCCGGGAUGUCGCAGCAGGAGCUCUUCCUCUGGUUCCCCGUGAAAGGGAUCCGCGUCGACGACCCCAAGACCGGGUUGAUUCACUUCAAUGUCGGGGUGGUGGACAAGCAGUUCACUUUCUCCAUGUUCGAGAUCCCUGGUCAGUGUGUCGACGGCGAGCAGCCUUCUCAAUCUUCCGAUUUGUACUGGAUUCAGGAACAUUAUGACAAUCAAGGCGAGUUGAGGGCAGAUUCUUAGACGAAUACCAUUGGAGGUGGAAACUGGAGGCUACUGCUGCUGCUGCUGCUGGCUUGGGGAUGGAGUGAAACCAAGAUUUGUUUGUAAUCACAGAUUUGACCUGUGGGUUCUUUCAAAAGUGGUGUUGUUGCUGCUCGCGUCUUGCUUCGUUGUAUAGAGAGGUUCUUCUGUGUUGUGAAAUAGGUUGCUGCUGCUGAUGGUGGAAGAGUUUGAGCCAAUGUCUUUGAAGAAUGGAACAAUUUUUACCUUGAUCAAGAAACAUAUGUAUACAUAGAGUUUGAAUGCAUAUCAAUCAAUCAAUGAAUUAGUGCCAUUGCACCACAAGAUCAACAAUGUUGUAGAUAGCUGAAGUCUAUUAAAUUUCUUUAUGUUGG